CCGCUCUCCCCUCUGAGAUCUCGAAGCUGAAGAAGCUGGAGACUCUGAGUCUGAACGGGAACCGCAUCGUGACGCUGCCCUCCUCUCUGGGCCAGCUCAAAGCCCUGCGGACCCUCAACCUGUCGGGCAACCAGAUCUCAGAGUUCCCCCCCGGCCUGGGGACCCUGAGGCACCUGGACCUGCUGGAUCUGUCCAGGAACCAGAUCCGGAACGUCCCGGCACACGUGUCGGAGCUGCAGACCAUCGAGAUCAACCUCAACCAGAACCAGAUCUCAGUGUUGACAGAGGAGGUGUCUAAGUGUCCACGUCUGAAGGUGCUCCGUCUGGAGGAGAAUUGUCUGGACCUGUCCUCCGUGCCUCAGUCCAUCCUCAGAGACUCUCAGGUGUCUCUGUUCUCUGUGGAGGGGAACCUGUUCGAGGUGAAGAACCUGCGGGACCUGGAGGGGUACGACAAGUACAUGGAGCGUUUCACAGCCACCAAGAAGAAGUUCGCCUGAAGACGCUCGAAGAAAAGUCCGACCCUCAGAGCGCCACCUGGUGGACGAGUCAGCUGCUGCCUCUUCUUCUUCUGCUGCUGCUAAUAAACAGUCCUCCACACAGCGCCCCCCCCCUCCCCCACAGGUCUCUGAGCGUCAGAUUCAACACGAGAGAAGAAGAAGGAGUGUGAUGGUGAAGCUUCAGUGUGUUUCCAGACUGCAGAGACUCAGGGACAGAAACACAACAUUCAGUGUUUAACAACGUUUGUCGCUUUAAAUUAUUACUUUCCUUAGCUUUUAAACUCUGCUAAAUGUCUCCGCAGAGUUAUUCAAACUGAAGCAUUUCAUCUGAGUCUUGAACAAACAGCACGAGUUUGUAGAAUUGAAGAAACAGAAAAGUUUAAGAUGUUUGAAGAAGGGUAAUGUGUUCCCAAAAUGCUGUCUAAAUCUGAGAGGCUUGUUUUCACCAGGAAGACUGAAAACAGGUUGAUUUGGCUUUUUAGGAUGGUUAUAGAAAGUUCAUGUGUCCCCAACAGGCUUUUUGUGUCAUUUUAGGGGCUUGUUUUCAUCAGGAAACGGGUUAGUUUGACCUGAAACAUUCAAACAAACCACAGGGAAAGAUCUGACACCAUUUUUAAAUAAUAACCCAAAGAAAUCAGUUUCCAGUUUCUACGUUACGUGUCUCUGUUGGAUUAAUGAUGUCAAUUGUUUUCGUUUUUUACACAAAACAGGGAUUUAAUUAAUAAUUGUUAGUUAGCAGCUUGCGAACAGGCAACUGCUUGGGGCCCCGGACCAGAAGGGGGCCCCCAAAGAAGGUAGAUUAAGAAGGUCCACAGCAACGACAACAUGAAACACCCUUUAAUUUACUGCAACGACAUGUCGGGAAACCCCCUCAAGGCGGCCCCAUGCACAGCACCGUAAAAUGCUGCUUCUUAUUUUAAGUUUUGUUGCCUUGCGCCGCUCUGGGGGGGGGGGAGAGUGUUGGGGUGCCACUGAUGGUGAUGAAAGCUGGUUCGAGGGGCCCCCAGUGAAUUUUUGCCUAGGGCCCCCUCCCCCACAGACUCUAGAAUCGCAACUGUUAGUGAUGUCGAUAAUUGGUCCAAAAUAAGAGACACUAAAUUCCAUUUAAGUUGAUAUUAAAUAAGUAUCCUUAUGAAAUAAUUUAAUAUGGCUACGAAAUAAGUCCUGAAAUGGUUAUUCUUUGCUGAUGAAGGUAUAAAUAAAUGUACAUUAUAAAUAUAUAAAUUAGUCAAUAUAGUAAAAAUAAAUAAGUAUUUUUCUAUUUUCUAAAUUCUAUUUUACAAUUUAUUUCAGGAUUUAUUUCAAAGCCUUUUCUUUUAAGUAGCAGUCGUGAUUAUUAUGUAAUAUUUACUAAUGCUGCGUAAUGAACACAGCAUUCAGAGCAACAUAUGCAAACUUGAAUAAUAAAAAUACACCUUUAGAUGAUAGUCGGAGCAGAAGAGUGCAUAUUAAAACAUUCAAAUAUUAAAUCUGAUGAGAGCAGCAUUUACAUGACUCGUGGAUGUGUGAUCAAAUAUUCAAUAUACUCGGUUAAAAUCCCAUUUUAAAGUAACAGCAGGUGGACUUUGGGGAUUUAACUUUAUUAUACUACUUUUUCUGGUGGAAAAAUACUGUGUAAGAAACGUUAUAGGAUCCAACUUUAACAGUAUUACUUUUAAUGUAUUGAAAAUAAAGUUUAGACAAGUUAAUGACG